GCAGUCUGUGUGCAGAGAGGAUAUACAGGAGCGUGCGAAGCACAGUCAGGUAAUUAUAAUUAUUAAACUUUAUACACGUCUAAACUGGAGCUAAACGACCUAUCGGCUUAAGUGAAGACGUGGACAGAAGGAACCUGGACAGAAAGUGGGUCAGCUGCCGUUAGAAAAAGCGAUAGAAGGCAAUAAUGGAAGACUACGUGAAAAUAGAGAAAAUUGGAGAAGGUACCUAUGGAGUGGUGUACAAGGGCAGACACAAGUCCACAGGGCAGGUUGUGGCCAUGAAGAAGAUCCGUCUGGAGAGUGAGGAGGAGGGGGUUCCUAGCACUGCUGUCAGAGAGGUCUCUCUCCUCCAAGAGCUGAAGCAUCCCAACGUUGUACGACUCCUGGAUGUCCUGAUGCAGGAGUCUCGCCUCUACCUCAUCUUUGAGUUCCUGUCCAUGGACCUGAAGAAGUACCUGGACUCCAUUCCCUCUGGCCAGUACAUGGACCCCAUGCUGGUCAAGAGCUACCUUUACCAGAUCUUGGAGGGCAUAUAUUUCUGUCACUGUCGUCGAGUCCUCCACCGGGACCUGAAACCCCAGAACCUCCUGAUCGACAACAAGGGAGUUAUCAAACUGGCAGACUUUGGCCUCGCUCGGGCCUUUGGUGUUCCUGUCAGGGUCUACACCCACGAGGUUGUAACUCUUUGGUACCGGGCUCCAGAGGUCCUCCUGGGUUCACCCCGAUAUUCAACCCCUGUCGACGUCUGGAGCACAGGAACCAUCUUCGCUGAACUUGCCACCAAGAAGCCUCUGUUCCACGGAGACUCAGAGAUAGACCAGCUCUUCAGGAUCUUCAGGACUCUGGGAACCCCAAAUAAUGAUGUGUGGCCUGACGUAGAGAGUCUACCUGACUACAAAAACACCUUCCCUAAAUGGAAAUCUGGGAACCUGUCAUCAAUGGUGAAAAACCUGGAUAAGAAUGGCCUGGACCUUCUGGCAAAAAUGUUGAUCUACAAUCCUCCCAAGAGGAUCUCAGCACGGGAGGCCAUGACCCACCCGUACUUUGACGACCUGGACAAGUCCACCCUGCCUGCUGCCAGCAUCAACAAAAUCUGAAACACAUACUGACUUUAGAUACUAACACAUUCAUACCCAUUGUGAAUUAUCAUUCUGUAAAUACUUGUGUGUGCAAAUUGUUGUAGACCUUUAAUAGAGUUUUGUCUUUCAACAAUGUCUUUUCAAUAAAACAGCACUUUCUGUGA